ACCUCUUUUCCAGCUGCAGGAGCCCGGGACCCGGCUGGCGCCGCCAGGCGGCCUCCCCCCCGCCCCUCGGCACGGCUCCAGCCAACUCAUUGGCCGAGUCCGCGAUGACGUCGUGGGAUCACAGAAAGAAAUCCCAGCGCCCGGCGCACCGGAGGUAUUCUUCGUCAGCUCGGGCUACCUACGUCCUCGUCUCCUCACCUGGCCGCUGCAGCCUGCAGCGCGUCUCAGCGCUGCGCACAUCGCCGCCGCCAUGGUGUCCCCGGUCACUGUGGUAAAGAGUGAGGGACCCAAGCUGGUGCCCUUCUUCAAGGCCACCUGUGUGUAUUUUGUGCUCUGGCUGCCCUCAUCCAGCCCAUCAUGGUUCAGCGCCCUCAUCAAGUGCCUGCCCAUCUUCUGCCUCUGCCUCUUCCUUCUGGCCCAUGGCCUAGGAUUCCUGCUGGCCCACCCCAGCGCCACCCGCAUCUUUGUGGGGCUCGUCUUCUCUGCUGUAGGUGAUGCCUUCCUCAUCUGGCAGGACCAGGGCUACUUUACGCACGGUCUGCUGAUGUUUGCUGUGGCCCAUGUGCUCUACGCCUCCGCCUUUGGCAUGCGGUCAUUGGCUCUUCAGAAAGGUCUGGUGAUGGCAGUGCUAUCGGGCCUGUCCUACGCCCUCCUCUACCCAUGCCUCUCAGGUGCCUUCACCUACCUGGUGGGGGUCUAUGUGGCCGUGAUUGGCUUCAUGAGCUGGCAGGCUGUGGCAGGGCUACAGCUGAUCGGGGCUGCCUGGCGCUGGACUGAGUUGGCAGCAGUCAGUGGUGCUCUGCUCUUUAUCAUCUCAGACCUGACCCUCGCCCUCAACAAGUUCUGCUUCCCUGUGCCCUACGCACGGGUGCUCAUCAUGUCUACCUACUACGCUGCCCAGAUGUUUAUCGCCCUGUCAGCUGUGGAGAGCCGGGAGCCAGUGGAGGAUGAUAGACGAAGCAAGACCAACUAGGACGCUAGGAUCUGGUUGCCCCUCUCUCUCUCUGGAGCUGGGGUCCAGAACCUAGGAGCCUGCAAGAGCUGGGUCGGGAUGGCUGCAGUACCAGUCUGGGGCCAAAGAAACCGCCCAAGAAAUACAUGAGUUUGAGGGGGUAAGCAGGAGAAGGAUCUCUAGUAAAGCUAGUGGUCCAAGACAAUGCCAGGAGCUAGAAAGAUCCAGCCUAAUGCUCUAGGCUGGAGCCAGAAGUAGAUAUCUCCUCUCCUGUACCCCAUUGCAUUGUCAAAGUCCCGCAGGAGGGCAAUGGUGCUCAGCCCCUUGAUGUCCCCCAACUUCUACUAGAUGGAAAGGUCUGACUGCCCACUCCUACUCUUCCUGAUCCACAUGGAGUUGAGGGAAGAGGGGAGAAUCUGCUGAGAUGAUCCAAGGCUGGGGCUUGAAGCCCCUUUCACAGGCCCCUUGUUGGGAAGAUUGGGUAAGGGUAGAGCCUUCCUCUCUCUCAUCUAUCCUUGUUACUUGAACAGUCUUAAUCUCUGAGUGGUGGUUGGGAAGGUGAAGGGGUGUUUGAUUGAGACAAGAUUGGGGAUUUCUUUGGGAGCUUGGGGUCCCAAGGACUCAUGAUGGUCCCAUCUCUCUCAAAGGUCAGCCUAAAGCUCAGGCCCCAACACUACCACCCUCAGACCCUAUCUCCAGGGCUGGGGUGAACCAUGCCAAAGGACAGGGCCAGCCUAUGUGUGUGUGUGUAGUCUAUUGCCCAGCCUUUCUGGGUUUUUCUUUGCCAUCUGUCUCGGUCCUGCUGUCUGUCAAAGUCAUGUAGGGAGAGAGCUUCAGGGAGGUGCUGAGGGGGUGCUGAGCCUGACUCAGAAGCUGGGACCCCCCUCCCCCAUUGCUUUCCUCCCUGUCCCUCCUGUACUGGGAGGAAAAGGAGGGUGCUCCAGUGACACUCUAGGAUCAGAAGACCCAAGGCACAUUCAAUGCAAGGGAAGCAAGGAUGGGACAACUCCAUCCUCUACUGCUCAUGUGAAAAAUAAAAAUAAAAACCAAGGGCCACUGGUUGCCCUACUUGUCUA